GUUCAUUGGUGCGACCAGCCAGGAAGAUCUUCUGAUCCGGUUACGCCUGUUGGAGGACCUCUUCGUACUCUCGAAAGUCCCUUUCACAGUAGUUGCCCUGUACAUAGCCCCUUCAGGUAUCGGUUCCUCAACGGUGGGAUUGACCACCAUCAUCUGCAUCAUCCUCAUCAGUCCCUUUUGCAAGCGCAUGAUGUGGUGGCACACGAAGUGUACGGCGAGGAAGCCAUGCGAGUCACGCCACCGCCUCUUCUUCCAUACCUUAAUGGCGGUGACGAUCUGGACGGCCCGAAUGGCGAGAUCGAGAUGGAAAACGUGACCAGAGUUCGGUUGGUUCAGUUCCAGAAAAAUACAGAUGAACCAAUGGGUAUUACCCUUAAAAUGAACGAAGACGGCAAAUGCAUAGUUGCGAGGAUAAUGCACGGAGGGAUGAUUCAUAGGCAAGCAACCCUCCAUGUAGGCGAUGAAAUUAGAGAAAUCAAUGGUAUUCCAGUUAUUAAUCAAUCAGUCAAUGCGCUUCAAAAAAUUCUCAGGGAAGCACGGGGAUCGGUGACGUUUAAAAUAGUACCUUCUUACAGAAGUGCGCCACCGCCUUGUGAGUUGUUCCGGAUAAAACCGCUGCCUGUUUUAAUAUUCGUUAGAGCGCAGUUUGAUUAUGAUCCAUUGGAAGACGACCUUAUUCCAUGUGCACAAGCUGGUAUUGCCUUUAAGACUGGUGAUAUUCUUCAAAUUAUUAGUAAAGACGACCAUCAUUGGUGGCAAGCGAGGAAAGACAAUGCUGCUGGUUCGGCGGGUCUUAUUCCUUCACCUGAAUUGCAGGAGUGGAGGGCCGCUUGCGCGGCAAUGGAGAAAACGAAACAGGAACAAGUGAAUUGCUCAAUAUUUGGUCGUAAGAAAAAACAAUAUAAGGACAAAUAUUUGGCGAAGCAUAAUGCCGUUUUUGACCAAUUAGAUUUAGUUACUUAUGAGGAGGUUGUGAAACUACCCAUGACCGAUCCGGCGUUUCAAAGGAAAACAUUGGUGUUGCUUGGUGCUCAUGGAGUAGGACGGAGGCAUAUAAAGAAUACUUUAAUAGCCAAACACCCGGAUGAAUACGCUUAUCCUAUACCGCAUACAACGAGGCAACCCAGGGCAGAUGAAGAAAAUGGCAGAAAUUACUUUUUCGUCUCUCACGACGAGAUGAUGGCCGACAUAGCCGCUAACGAGUACUUGGAAUAUGGUACUCAUGAAGACGCCAUGUACGGCACUAAAUUAGAUACUAUUAGAAAAAUACAUCAAGAUGGCAAAAUAGCCAUACUAGAUGUGGAACCACAAGCACUCAAGGUGCUACGUACUGCUGAGUUCUCACCAUAUGUUGUGUUCAUUGCUGCCCCUGCUUUACAAAACAUAGCAGAUUUCGAUGGUAGUUUGGAACGAUUAGCCAAGGAAUCUGAUAUGCUUCGCCACGCGUACGGGCAUUACUUCGAUCUAUCUAUAAUAAAUAAUGAUAUAGAUGAGACGAUAGCCGCUCUAGAGUCUGCGAUCGAACAUGCUCAAACAACACCACAGUGGAUCCCCGUGUCUUGGGUCUACUGACAGGAGCAGUCUCCGGAUUCGGGCUCGUACCAAAAUUUCUGAGCCCGCUUCCUCAGAAGCCUACCCACACCUAACGACAAUGAAGUAACGAAUGGAGUAGGAUGGUAGAUAAUUGACUGUAGAUAAGUCUAACAAGACAACUAAGAGACUCAUUGGUAUGCAGUUCACCGGGAUGAUCGAGGUUUGAAAUUAUAUAUACAAGGGAUCAUUUCAUAAAACAGGUAGAUCCCUUGUUUAUGGAAUCUCACAUCUUGAACAAUAGCAUCCGCUGAAUCCGCUCAGCUGAAUAUUAAUAAAUCUCUUAGGUAGCUUGUUCGACUAUACAAGUGUUCAUAUACCUAAAUUUUGAUUUUAACAAGUGACUCUUGGCAAUAUUUGUCAUUUUUUCUUAUUUUUCACAACGUUUUAUUCACAUCUAGCAGUUUACUUCCUUCGUAUUAUUUAUCCAUGUAGGUAUAUUGCUCUACUGUUUGUGACACUGGUCCCUUCAAGCAAACACAGUUAUUUUAAGUAGUAUGUACUUUAAUAAUAAGAACCUAUAUAUUUCCUGCAGUUUAUUUUUUUUUUAUUUAAUUAGUUAUUAACAAAUUAGGGUCAAAAAACGGUCAGUUUUCGCUUUAUUUCUCUAUCACUAAAAAGUUAAACAAACAAAACAAUUGGAGAAUAAGAAACUUAUAAGCCAUAUAAAAGCCGAAGUAGUACCAUAAAAAUGGUAUACAUUUUUAUUCUAUAUAAAAGCCUUCAAAAUAAUGCUUUUUAAAUAUCUCUAACCAUAUUUGCUGCUUGGAAUUGCAAAAUAAUUUUUUUAUAUGUUUAAUGUUAAUAACUAGUAAAAAAUUAACCUAAAACUUUCAUUACAUGGAAUAUUGCGUAUUGUGAUGCUUAAAAUAAUCUCAAAAUUUCAAAAAGAUCGGAAAAUAGUUUAUAAGUUAUUUUAUUUGUUUACCCCAAUUUAAUUUUUUUGCAACAACAUACCUAAGUAAGUCACAAAAUAAUAAAAGUCACAGUAGUUCUGCAAGUAACUUAUGAAAGAAGAAGGUUUAUUCUAUGAAUAAUAUUAAAAACACAUGAAGCAAGGUAAUUGUAAAUAUUGCAAAAUUAUUUAACACUUUAUUUAUUUAAAGAAUGAAUGUUCGUAAUGUACAUACAACUUAAAAAAAAAGAAACGUCGAAAUCCACAAGCAAGAACCAGACAUAGAGUUAACAGCUCAUUCCACUCAAUCGCUUUCGCGAAUUUCAAAGUUAGAUGAUUUUGAGGACCACAUUAUGAAUCUUUGUGGACAAUUCCUUUGAAAGGAAGUCGUUUUAGAAUUGGGCACGAUAAAACUUAAAUAACAUACCAACUAAAAUAUGUUAUUUCAAAUGAUGGCCAUUAUGUAUCUUAAUUAUUAUAAACAAAGCUAGUAUGAAUUUAAAAAAUGGGACUAAUUCCUUCACAAAUUUUCCUAGGACAACGUCUUUUAAAAUUCGUAAAAAAUUUAAUUUUCCAAACAUGGAAAAAUAAUUUUCUUGUAGGUACCUAAUGGUUAAAAGACAAUUAUAAUUGUGUUUAAGCAAAAAAUCAACAUGUUAUUGCAAAAUUUUCUUCAUUUUUUUUAAUAAGCUUCAUGGAAUAAACCUUCUUUCAUAAGCUAGCCGUUGAAUUACUGUAGCCUUAUUACUUUCUGACCAUAUUGUUGCAAAAACAAAUAAUUUGAGAAACCAAAUAAAAUAUGUAACUUUUAAAGUAUUUGACCCAACGCUUUGAAAUUGUGGUAAUAUUUUAAGCGCCACACUACCCAAUAUUGCAUAUUAUAUGAAGGUACCAGAUUGAUAUUGAGGACAGUUAUCAACAAGCGAAAGUUUUGCUUUAAUAAAAUAAUUAAAUAAUAUUAAAAACACAACUUUAUAGGGACCAAUUUUUUGGUAACACCUUCAUGGUCUCUAAAAUUUUACAAACCAACGAAUUACUGGAACAAAGAAGGCUGAGUGAGAUCUAAGAGCAUCUCACUUCUCGCCUGUCUAGCGCGAUAAAAUUCCAACGAAAAAUGGUCCCGCAUACUCACAAUAGAAGUAACACUAAUAUAAAUAAAUAAUCAUUUCGUUGUAAAACGAAACAAACUAAAAUAUAGGACGGCUCUUUUUUCAUUUUAGAACGAAAUGAUUGUUUAUUUACAGUUAUUAGCGUUUUAUAAAAAAUCGAUAUUUGUGACUUUCUUUUAAUUUUCUAAGCAAUAAAUAAGGAUAUAAACAUUUAGAACACGCCAUUUUGAAGGGUUUUAUAUGACUUAUAAGCAUCUUUAUCUCAAAUUUGUUUCAAAUGCUUCGCCUUUUAUUUAUAGACGAAAAAAGCGAAAAAUGACCGUUUGUUGACAAUAAUUUAUUAAUAACUCAUUAAGUCCAAACUGUCGACUUCAGGAAACAUAUAGAUUCAUCUUAUAAAUACCGAUACUACUCAAAACAACUGUUAUUUGCUUGGAGGGAUCAGGGUCACUGCGUAAACAUAAUUUUUUAGUAACAUUGUUAGUAUUUUAUUUGCCUAAUUUUAACAACAAUGUCUUCCUGCUUGUUAAAAACAGCUAAAAAGGCAUUUAAAAUCAUACAAAGAACCCCUGCAAUGCCCUGCAUACUACCAUUCUACUUGUUCGUUGACUACUACUUUAAUCUAUGAAAAAAUAUGUUGUUUAUACAACUGUUCACCAAAACAUGUUAAGUACUACUAACUAAUUUUAGGUAUCUAGGAUAUUGAGCAUAUUUUAAUACAUUUCUGUUGGGUUUUAAUUUAAUGUAUAAUAUGUCUUUUGUUAAAUGUUUUGAUGUUACUUUUAUUUGAACGGUCCAAAACGUCUGUUCGGUAAAACUGUUGGAAGAUGUUUAAUAAAGAAAAUAUCAUAUAGGUAGACCUAUAUAUAGACUAUAUAUUUUAUGUUAAAUAAUUUUCAUUGGUAACUUUAUUACAUGUUAUUCGAUAAUUUGAUAAAUACGCAAUUGUGCUUGACAAAAAUUAAUUAGGUAAAGACAGGCACUUGAGAAAUCGACAAUUAAUAAAAAUCCACAACAAUAUUACUGCCAGAUCAAAAAAAUAACACGUGAAUAUUUAAAGGACACCGCACACAUCUUAUGGAAAAUAUAAUGCCAGUCAAAUGCAAUACAAUUUACAUAAAUAGGUUUGUCUCGAAAUUACAAUCAUUUCAUAUCAUUGCACCAACUCUGAAUUUUGAUCAAUAAUGGCUAAAAUUGAUAUAAAUAAAUCUAAAAUCCAAUUUUAGUGAAAACUAAAAGAUUUAGAGACCUUUAGGACCUAGUUGCCCGCACAACACGUAAGCUAGAAGAAAUGUAUAUCACCUUCUUAAAUGCCUUAAAAAUAUGGGCCUGCAAGUAAAUGAGGAGAAAACUAGGAUGAUGGCAUCAACACCCAACAAUAGAGCCAGAAACAUCGGUCACCCAUUCACGGUUGAUAACUCUACCUUUGAAGUGGUGGACAAAUUCACAUACUUAGCCUCCCUGAUCACCAAGGAGAACGUUAUGGCGGAAGAAAUCAAGUGAACGAUAAUCCUAGCAAACAAAUGCUAUUUUGGACUGAGUAGACAUAUGAGAAGCAGAAACUUAAGCCAAAAAAACAAAAAGAACCAUAUACAAAACCCUUAUACAACCAGUGUUGACAUAUGGAUCAGAGGCAUGCAUCAUUUCCAAGGCAGAUAAAAACCUUCUGCUUAUAUUUAAACAAAGGAUCCUGAGAGGAAUUUCGGUAGCAUCUGUGAAAAUGGUGUCUGGAAGAGGAGGUACAACUACGAGGUAUACCACAGAUAUAAACAAAAAUUUGGUGGCAAAGACGUAGUAUCUCUUAUAAGAAAGAUGGGCAGGACAUCUAGCAAGAUCACAGCAGAACAACCCUCCUAGAAGAAUCCUUAUGCCACAACCUGUGGGAAGUAGAAAUAGUAGUAGGCCAAAACUCAGAUGGAAGGAUGGUGUGGAUGAGGAUGGGAGAAAAAUAGGCGCAGCAAACUGGCAACGGCUGGCAAUGGAUAGGACUGACUGGCGUAAUAGACUUGGGAGGAAGGUCGAGGCUCUUUUAUAGGGCUGUAGCACCAUUGAUGAUGAUGAAAAGAUUUUGAGAAAACAGAUUUAGUGUGUCGGCAGUUCAUAAAUCUUUCUGCAGAUAUGAAGGCAAAUAUCUCAUAUCUGCAGAUAGUAUCAUUUCUCUAAUCGGCUUAGCUCACGCUGGAUUAAGCUGUUAAUAGCUACUAAACUAGUAGUAUUUAUGAAUAUGACAGUUUUAUGGACUUCAAAAAUGUGAUUUCCAUAAACUAUAAUUACGAUUUACACGUUUAGAGUUGGUGCAAUGAUAUGAAAUGAUUGUAAUUUACAGACGAAUAUAUUCAUGUACAUUGUAUUGCAUUUGAUUGAUAUUACAUUUUCCAUAAGAUGUGUGCGGUGUCCUCUCUCGACCUCAUUGUUUUCUUUCUUUUUCUUCAGGGGGGAAUAAAGUUACUCCUGUAAAUGCAAUUAGCAAACAACUUGGAUAUAUUCUUUUAUUCCAGGCUUAUUACGUUUCCUUUCGGCUUGUCGUUAUUGUGAGUCGCAGCAUCUAUAACAAUAAAGGGUAUUAGUGGUAAAAGCAAGUGCUCUUGUCUUACUCCUGCAAACAGGUGUAGGUACAACGAUAAUAUGUUGCUACCUAGCUUAGGUUUCUAACUCAUUACAAGUUUGUCAAGCUCAAUUAGGUUCUAAAGUUUUUCCACGGCUUUUUUACGUAUUAUACAAUAUAAAUAAGAAAUAGAAAAAGAAUAAUAUAAAAAUAAUAAAAAUUAUUUUAUAAAAAUACAGAGAUACUAAUAAACGACACAAAAUAAACUUUCAAAACAGUUUUAUCAGCACCACAUAUAGUCUGAUCAAAUAAAAUUACAAUACACGUAAAUUAAAAUUUAAUUCCGUACAGGUUGGAACAAAUUUUAUGUCAAAGUUUAGAUGAAAACAACAGAUAUUUUCAAGAAAGCAUGAUUUAUAUGAGGGGAGCAUUGUUUAAAUAAUGAAAAAUGACUCAUUUCUGCAAACAAUUUAAUUUUUUAACUGCUGCGUUAAUUCAUGUUUUUAUAAUGGUUUUUGCGAUUUUUUUUCUGCAACGUUGAAAUAAAAAGCUUUUAUAUAAGGCUUACUAAGUUAAAUUUGACCCUUAGCUAAUUUAAAUAAUUAUAAAUAAAACUUGAAAAACUUUCCAAAAAAAUAUUAUUUGGAUUAUAAAUAAGUUCUAUCGAGUAUUUUAAUUUGUAGGAAUAGUUGCGUUAUGUUACCAAUAUAAAGCAACAAAAAAAUUGGUUGACAAAAUAUUAACAAAUAAUAUUGUUUGGAAUAAAAAAUUAUGGUCUGAUAUGUGCAAUUACAUCCUUCUAAUGGAAAGAAAAUAUUUUAAGAUUUUUCUCAAAUUAUGGAUACCAACAACAUUUUCAUUUAUAACUCUUUUAUUCUUAAUUUGACGAAGAAAAGUUAUUCUUCAUAAAAAGCUCUUCAUGUUCUAAGAUUUAUGAUGCAAUCAUCAUAUAUCAAAUUUUAUUAAUUUUAUACGAGGUAUAUAAAAAUAUGAAUUUCGAUCAAGAGUAAAGUACCUUUAUAGUUCAUAAAAUUUAAAUUAGAAUGAUAUAAUUGCACAUUAAAACAUAAUUAUUAAUUCUAAACAACUUUUCAUUAUAGCAAUUUUCCAUAUUAUGAAUUAAAAUACGUAAAUAAACAAAGUUUUCGUUAUGAUAUAACGAUCUGAUGGACAAGAGGUCAUGAAAGCUGAACCAGAAGGAUCAGGACGAUAUUAUCCUUAGAUGGAAUAAAGGAAUGACCGAAGAUAGAAAGGUCCAAUCGCCUACAUUGACGAAACAAUGGCCACGUUGCUCAGUCGGAAGAGAUGUGGGCAUGGUUCUUUGGGUUGGGCUUCUGUUACAAUGAUAGAUGUUAAACGAAUAAACAAUGGUAUGCGAAUAGAGCUAAUGAAACGACGAUAAACAAAAGAUAAAUAGAUAACAUUAACUGAUGGUUUGACACUUGGACUCUAAGGAAACGGAAAUAUAGGGCGCCAGGUAUUUUGACCAAAAAAUACUCAAAGGAACAAUAAUUAACGCAACAUAACACAACAAUAACAAAUUAGCAAGAAUGCUACGAUAAGACAUCAAUGUACUAAUCUUGAGCUGUAAAAAAAUUAAAUAAAAUACGACAUCGUAAGUUUCAAUGUAACAUUUAUUAAAAUACUCUACGAAAUCUCACUAUUUACACAAUACGUACAGUGUAUACGCAGUAUAAGAUCGCCAACAACAAAAUUAAGAAAUCAAAAAAAUACCUAAACCGUUAAUCUAUAAGACAAAAGUUGGCGACAUAAUAACAAUCACUGCAUAUAAAUUGGUGUAUUCACCAACACAGUAAUACCAAAAAAUGGAAUGUAAGUGAACGAAUAUAACUAUUAAUUAUUAACUCAAAAAAAAUGAACUGAAGUUACUCGAAAAAAUAAAAAAUCCAUACUCUAAAUAAAAACUAGCAAUUUUACCGUUCACUUACAACAAAAAAAGAAAGAGCUCUUUGUUUAUAUUUAUACCUAUCUAACAAUACUUAAUAACACUCUAAUAAUACUCAGAAAAAUAUCUACAUAAUGUAAAUGUUUAUAGUUUAAAUGAUCACCCAUUUAAAAAUAAAAAGAUAAUCAUCAACUUCAUACUAAAAGUAUGACCUACUUUUCAGAAUGUCACUAUCACAAACUGGGCGAAAACUUUAGGUCAUUGAACUUAUUUCACGAAAGAACACAAAAUUGUCCUUGCCCUGGACAUAACAAAGGCGUCUCUACUAACUUCUUCAAUAAGUAAAAGAUGAGUGACUUACUUAAAACAUCUGUUAGAGGGUAGGAUGGCCCUUUGUAAGCCGACAGGCUCUCAAGGUGUGGAAGAUAGCCAUGAAGAAAUUCAACUUUACGACACAGUCGAAAGAAUAAUAGUAUUUAACAGUGUUCAUAAAAUAGCAGCUGGACAACAUAAUGCAUAGGUGGAAGGUGGAAGGUGAAAGGUGGACCCUUUAAAAAAAAUAGAAAACGCAAUUGUACAAUUAUUGUACAUACCAAUAAACAAUCAUUAAUACUCUUACCUGCCUAAUCGGCGGGGCCCACAAUACACGAACAAACUUGAUCUCACAUAAUGACUAUAUUAACUCAACUCACAAAUGAUGCAGAAUUUUGAGAAUUUGUGGUUUUUAUGAACCUUUGGCGUCCUUUGUUUGUGGUGGGGUUUUAACCAAUCAAAAUUAUGGGAAAGUGUGAGAGAUAUUCAAGAACAGAUUUCCUUACCACUCGUAAAAGGGCUUAGCGAACCUAAUACUUAAGACGAGUUAUGGGAUGCAAGGCCCAUAUCAUUCACCAGAAAGCUAUUAAAGUCUAAUGUUCGACUCUAUCGAUAGCACAUAUGUGUUUCUAAGAAAAACAACGCCGAUAGGGACUCUAGGAUCUAAUCAGUUAAGAUAAAAGCGUGAAAUGAAAGGGACUAGACCAAAAUCUACACUGGGAAAACGUAAACGUUACAAUGAUAAUGCUCGCAUUUUCACCUUUUUAUAUAUAUUUUCGAUAAAUGUAUUGAGAAAUCAAAAUUUCGAUGAAAUUUGCUUUCGCUUGAAAUUUGUUCUAAUGUGUCUUCUUCUUCUUUUUGUAUAGACAUGACUCUGUCUGUUUUCCGAUGUGCCUCUAGCAAGUUGUCGUUCCAUAGUUUUCUUGGUCUUCCUAUUGGGGAACUGUCUCCCGAUGUCCUUACUACACUAUUUGUUGUCAGUCGGCUUAUGUGGUCAUUCCAUUCUCUUCUUCUUUUUCUUACCCAGUUAUUAAUGUAAAGACUGAAAUAGUUUUGUACACACUUAUGAAAACAGGUGAAUAGAGAGAAGUGUAUUUUUGAAGUGUGUAAAUUAAAUAACUCCUAGCUGAGCGCUUUCGGCUUACAAAGCCAUCUUCAGAGCUAUGCUAUAAUAAAAAGGCCUCUAAUUAAUAAUUGAUUUUAGAUUUCAAAGUUUAACUUACGUCAAAAGGUUCAAAAUACCACUAAGAAGAGAGAUAGAUCCCAUGUAUGAUGUAAAAACUGCAUAACAAAUAGAAGUAUUUUUAUAUCAUACAUGGGAUCCAUCUCUCUUCUUAGUGGUAUUUUGAACCUUUUGACGUAAGUUAAACUUUGAAUUCUAAAAUCAAUUAUUCAUUAGAGGCUUUUUUAUUGUAGCAUCCCAAGUAGCAAUUUGUCGACGCGACAACGUUGUCUACCGCGUGGCAACGUUUUGUUACAACGUUGUUAUUGCCUAGAAGACGACCCUAUUCUGCACUAAUUUGGUGGACGAUUUUUGAGUUGUCUUGACGUUGCCUAGGCAACCUCCUAUGAAGCAACAUCGUUUCGUAAGCGUUGCAUAAGAGAACUGAAGCGACUAUAAAAAGAACCUGCGCAUGCAAUGGUUGCUCAAGGAGUCAGACUAGUUAUGUUUUUUACCUAUAUUUUUAACACCUGUAUGGUGAAUGCGAACACCAAAAAGGUAACUAUUUUGACAUCGUAUUAGGUAUUUAAAUUUAUAUAAAUACAUAAAGGACAUAACAAAAUUACCUGAUCUGAAAUUUAUAAACGCAUCUCAGAUUACCGUCAAAUAUGGAUAUUUCACCUUUAAAAAACACACGCGCUACUUUUUUACGACAUUUUUGACAAAAAAUAUGCAAAUUUAAAAAAAUCAAAUUUUAAUAUAAAAGUCAAAAUUUAGGUUAAAGAUGUUCUGUAUAAAUUUAAUGUAUUGAUGGUGCUUUUAAAGGUAUCAGAAAAUGCCUGCAUUUUUUAUAUUCUGUGUUUUCAUUUUCUUUACAUCCCAAAAAUCUCAAGUAAAACCAAACUGGUGCAUUAAACAAUAUUACCAAUAUUACUAAAAAAAUACCUUAUUACCAACCCUAGACCGAUAAGACAACUUAGAAGUCCAAUCGCCAACCAAACCCGGCCGCGCUGACUAUCCCAACCAUUUUAGAACGCACCCUCUUAUUGGGUGACAGAGAGGUCAUGUGACCAGUGUCAAAAGUGUAGCAUUCUCCUUAACAGCGUUGCCACAUUUAGGAGAUUUCUACUUUUUUGGUAGAUUUUUGAUAUUUUUUAAAAUAUUCUAGUAUUUAAUAUUUUUUAGUAGAUUUUCGAUAUAUUUCAACAUUUUGUUAUGACUAAAAUAAAAUUUGCUUUUUAAUAGUAUUUACCCCAUUUCUAAAUUAAUUUUCACACAUUUGGUUACAAUUUCCCAAUCCGAAAAUAAGACCGAAAAUAAGAUUCAGAAUAAAUAGGUCAUUACCGAAAAUAAGAUUCAGGACGUAGAUGAUGAAUAUUACAGAGAAAUGAAACUGGAUUCCUGUGUAACAAACUUGCAGAUUUCAAGUAACAGUGCAAGCAGUAUUUCAGGUGUUAUUGAAGAGUUCUGGCAUUCGGUGAGCCUAUAUUAGAAGUUAACGAUGGAAAACUAAAAUAUCUAAACAUAUGUAACUUUGCAAAACACAAAAUGUUUUGUUCACGUGUUUCUAAUAUUAAAUGCGAAACAAUUGUUUGAAGAAUUUGAUCCAGACAUGCAGCUGUUAAAAUUAGUGGAUGACAAAAUAUUCUAUUAUUUCCCAUUCUAAAUAGUUAAAAAUAUUCUAGUUGUUAAAUGUACCUAUUCAUUUUUUUCGAAUUAUGAGGAAACUAUAAUAAGUAUUUUUGAAAAAUUUAAACGCAGAAUGAAAGACUGCAUUAUUUAGAAAAACCAAAACGUUUCUUUUGAAUGAGAUAUUUGGAAUUAAAAUGGCACUACAUUUUGUCUUUUUUACAUUUUGUCUUUUUUUCACCCCUGUAACUUAUUAAAAUAAACAUUAUAGAAGUUUUCAGGGACUUUCGGUCCUCGGAAUAACGUAAUCUUUCUUUCUGCGUUUAAAUUUUUCAAAAUACUUAUUAGUUUUCUCAGGAUUCGUAAAAAAUGAAAACAUUUAAAAUACAUUGAACAUUUUAACGGGCGACAUUUUGCCCCUAUCCCCUUAAGUUAGCUGUUGUUUUUAUUAUAAAAAAUCCCAAAUAUAUCUCAAAAAUCCUUAAGUAUAUUUUAGUUUUUGAUUUAGUAGAUUUUAGCUAAAAAAUGGUAAUUACCAGUUGUUGUUUUGGAAUAAUUAGGUUUCCAAUUUUUUGGAAUUCCUCUUGGGACAGUUAAGACCGAUAUGCAGAUUACUGUAUAAGUAUACUGUAUUUACAUGGCCUAAAAAGAAUCUACUGAUUUUGUGAAAGGAAAACUAAUGAAAGAGUAAAAACUGACCUGGCAACCCCGUCUAGCAAAGCUGAUACAAAGAUUGAAAGAUUAAGGUUAUUAAAUCUACUGAUAAAACACUGGACAGUGGAAUGGAAACCAGCUAUUAAAAAAAACAAACAAACAGGUUGUUAAAUAAAUCGAAAAUUUCCAGCAAAAUAAAACAUAAUAAUAAUAAAAAAAUGAAUGUGUGUGUACUUUUGUACGCACGUAAGAAGUUAUACUUCUACUACAUAUUAUGUGAUUUUUAAGACAAUACCAAAAAUUUAAAAAAAUUAAAGAAUAAAACGCACACAAACACAUUGAAAAAUGCCACAAAGAAAAAAUUAUUUCUAAACGAUAAUAAUUGUUGGCAAAAAUUUUAAAUACGCAUUCUCUGAAAAAAAAAUUAUAUAACAAAUAUACUUACAAUCAUAAAAUGGAAAAAAAAAUAAAAAAAAUAAAAACUUGCAUCGGGAAUCGAACCCGUGAACUUCAUGCCGCCUUCAUUCGUAAUCGAAGCCCAGACUCACUCGUCCAAUCCCACAUUAUUUCUCAUGUGGAAAAAUAGGGUAACUGAACGAUUUACUGUUUGACAGUUGUUUUAAAUAUAUGUAAUUAUGUAGUUUAAAUCUUGUGGAAGAAAAUAUUAAAUAACAAAACAGUAAGAAAACAAUAUAUUAGAUGAAAAUUUGUAGAACUUUUGUUGGUAAUCAAAUUAAGUAUGUAAAUCAAAGCAUUACAUACCUACUAGAUAAAUAAAUCUACGCCAAAAUAUAAUUUAAAAAUCGGACCUAAUUUGGGAUUUCUCUCUAAAAUCCCCAUUCUUGAGAAAAUAAAUGUAUGUAUUCCAACCUAAUCCAAAUGUUUAAUUACAAUAUGAUUAUAAUAAAAACUACUUACCAAAUUAGAAUGAGUUUUCCUUGUCCAAAAUAGUCCAAAAAUAUAGGUAUAUGAAAACUGUUUAAAAAGGCAGUAUAACUAUUAACUAACGUUGUUUCUUUUCACACAAAUUUCAAAACGCAACAACCAUAAAUAAUCAAAAUACAAUAGGUUCGCUUUCAAGAUGCAGUAGAAAAUAAACAAACCAAGACACGUUAAAUGCUACUAGGAGCACUUCCGAAUCAUAAUUUACAAUGUAUAAACUUUGGAAAUCAUGAUUUGGAAUGUACAAUGUAUAUACAUUGUAAAUUAUGAUCCGGUUGUGCUCCUAGUGGCAUUUAACGUGUCUUGGUUUGUUUAUUUCUAUUUCUACUGCAUCUUGAAAGCGAACCUAGUGUACAGCUGUGCCACAGCCGCCAUUUGGAAUAAUUUUUGACAUGUCAUUUGAACAUCCAAUCAGAACAAAGUUAUAAUGCGCAUGCGCCGGGCUGAUAGGUUUUAACAUAUAAAAAUUCACCCUCUAUCGCCGGUAAAGAAGUAUAACUUCAAAAAUAAGGUUAUAAAGUAAAUUCUUUUUCUCCUUCUGAAGUUGCCGCAAAGGUGUCACACACCUAGAACAACACCUAGGGUCGUCACAGACAACUUCAGAGUCGGCCAGAAAACCUAAAUCGGCCAGGGCGUAAAUUAGUUUAGCAUUAUAACGUUUUUAAGUCGUUGCGAUUGUUGAAAAAACUGAACUGUGAUAUGUAGUUGUCACAAUGGUAAUAAAUUAGUUGCCCGUAUAACUAAAGAUAUUACUUAAAGUUGUAACAUCGUAAUGUCAGUCGGGAUAGGGGACGUUGGCCGAAACAACUGAAAAUGCUCUCGGGCAACGUUAUAUACAGUGCAUUUGUUUGUACUGACAACCAAUGUGUCGAAAAAUUGCUACUUGGGAUAGCUCUGAAGAUGGCGUUGUAAGCCGAAAGCGCUCAGCUAGGAAUUAUUUAAUUUACACACUUUAAAAAUACACUUCUCCCUAUUUACCAGUUAUUAAUGUUGUCCACCUUGCAUCUCAGUCGUAUAUCUGUACUUGUAGCUCUACUCCAUAGAGUCUUACCAUCGUUUUUUCGAAGGGUUUUCAUCUCCGCUGUUUCGAGCAAUCUUUUUGUCGUCUCUGUGUCGGGUCGUGUUUCUGCCGCUUAUGUCAUUAUUGGUCUGAUCACUGUUUUCUUCCUUUGUUUUUUUUACGAUAUCUUUAUUUCUCAAUAUUUUUUCAUUCAGGCAACCUGCGCCUCUGUUUGGUCUCUUCACUCGAUCUUCCAAUUCUGUUUCGAGCCUUCCGUAGCUAGAUAGUGUGAUUCUUAGAUAUUUAAACUCCAUCACUUGUUCUAUUAUCUGCCCCUCCAGUUCCAAUUUACAUCUUAUUGGAUUUGCUGUUAUACCCAUGUAUUUUGUCUUUUUUGGAGAAAUUAACAUGUUAAAUUUUCCGGCGGUUAAAUUAACAUGUUAAAUCGGUGCAGCAUACGUUGUAAAUCAUCUUUACUUUGAGAGAUUAGUAUUACAUCGUCUACAUAGCAGAUUAUUUUAAGUUGUUUUUCUCCCAUUUAGUUGUUACUUUUUUAUUGUUUCAUCCAUAAUCAGGUUGAACAAUAAAGGACUUAAGGAAUCCCCCUGUCUUAUCCCAUUGCCAGCUUUAAUUGGAUCAGUUAGUUCAUCUUUUACUUUUAAUUUUGUUCUAAUGUGUGUAUGACUUAUUUUUUUAAUAACGUCGCGGGAAUUAAAAAUUUUGAAAUGCAAUAUCAACAUUCGUGUUCCUGAACAUGUCCAAAAAUGAGUAAUAUUUCAAUAUUUCAACAAUGAUGUCUUUAAUAUAGAUCACCUAUGUACUUUCUUAAAAAUAUGUUUUGUUUGCAUCUAAAUUUUAAUAUAAAAUGUUUCCCAACCUGUACUGAAAUACAUUUUGAUUUUAUUUUAUUUGAUUAGGCUAAUACCGUUACCGAAAGAAAAACCUUGAUAAAAUUUUAUAAAAAUAUCAGUUACGGCUAUUCCUAGGCUGCCCUUUUUCUAAUAAUAAUAUUAAUACAAUACUUACCUACUAAAACCUAUGACGUAAUUGUGAUAUAGAUUAAAUAAAAUCUGUUGAAAUUUUAAUUAAAUAAUGUAUAAAAAGUAAUAAUUCAUGUAUUAGGUAAUUAGUAAAUAAACUUGCUCGUUUAUGA